AUGAGGUUGCCCAUAAUUCUUACUGCAGUAGCCGCGUCGGCCGCGUCGGCCCUGCAAACACUCCCUCCGGCCCAUUUCGAUGCGCUUGAGACCCCCACGGACGAGAGGUUUUCACUCGCGACAACAAACAAAGUCAUUUAUAUCGAGGAGGAGUUUGCAUCAUGGACUGAUCAGAAUGGAUUAACCCUGAUUCCCCCUUCGGCUUUGGAGUUUGCGCGAACAUUCCGUGAUGAUCUGCAGGAGCUCACCAAUUCUUCGUGGGACAUUCGAACCGUCCGGCAGUUUUCGAAGUCGAGAUCUGGGGUUUUUCUCGGUCGCUCCAAGAAGUCCCAGGCCGAAUUUGUUUACGAAGAUGGUACUACGACCGAGGAAGGCUAUGAAAUGCGGAUCGAGAAGGACCAAAUUUUGAUUGAAGGCUCUGGUGCUCGAGGAAUGUGGUGGGGGACUCGAACUUUGCUCCAAAAGCUUGCUCUCAGUUCAACUUUUUCAAUCCCCGUCGGCGCAGUGAAAGAUGCGCCUGCAUAUGCCACGAGAGGAUUCAUGUUGGAUGCGGGUCGAAAAUGGUACUCCUUGCCUUACUUGAAGGAUCUGUGCACUUACGCGUCUUACUUCAAAAUAUCCGAAUUUCAUUACCAUGCGACUGACAACUAUCCCUUGAGUCGAGGGCCCAACGUCUCAUGGAACGAAGUCUACUCGCAGUUUGCCUUGCGACCAGAAAACCCAGAGCUCUUACCGUUAGUGCAGCGAAUCAAUGAAACUUUAUCCAGAGCCGAUUUCGAUGAAUUCCAAACCCACUGUGCGCAGCGUGGAAUUACCGUGAUGCCAGAGAUUGAAAGCCCCGGUCACUGUUUAUCUGUGACGAAAUGGCGACCUGAGUUGGCCUUGGAUCAACGGGACCUCCUCAAUCUCUCACACCCCGAUACCAUCCCAUUGGUGAAGUCUAUAUGGUCGGAAUUUCUUCCCUGGUUUCACACCAAGGAGGUCCAUAUUGGCGCAGAUGAGUAUGAUUCGACUCUUGCCAACGACUAUAUCAGAUUUGUCAACGAAAUGUCCGAGUUUAUUUCUCGGGAUUCCGGCAAGGGAAUUCGGAUCUGGGGCACCUACGAGCCCUCUGAGGCGCAAUCAAUUAAUAAAAACAUCACAAUUCAGCACUGGCAGUAUGGUCAAUCUGAUCCUGUGCAACUUGCAGCAGACGGCUAUUAUAUCAUCAACUCGGAAGACUGGUGGGCUUACAUGUCGUUGAAAAAUGACCAUGUUCCUAUUAGCCCCGCGCCUUAUCCUCAAAUUUUCAACAACAGUCGUGUCUUAAACUUCGCGGAUAAGGAGGGCUGGCAAUGGACCCCGCAGCUAUUCAACCCGGUGAAUCUGACGGAACAACCAGAUCAAAAAGCUGUCCGAGGCGCAAUUCUUGCUGCAUGGAGCGAUAAUGGUCCAGAUGCGACAACGCAGUUGGAGAGUUAUUACGCCAUUCGCAAUGGGAUCCCAGUUGUUGCCUCUCGAGCAUGGACAGGAAGCCGGGGCUUGCGGCUUGAUGAACGAACCCUGGACAAUUCAUUGGAGAUAUUGACAAGCAAAGCUGUCGGUCAGAAUUUGGAUCGAAGAUUGCACCGGGAAACUUCCAGUGUUUCUAGGCCCAACCUAACCUGGAGCCGACCGCAGAAGAAGCACCCUCUUGGAGUAUACGAACUUGGUCACGGUAGCAAAGGAAUGAAUUAUACUCUGGAUCUUGCAGUGACUGGGCCAUUCUCCCUCGAGAGCGCCGAUGACGUUCUCGCUAUGUCCGAAGAUGGUCAGUUGACCUUUACUUCGGAUGGAUGGCCAUACCCCCUUCGGUCGGUCGCUCAGGAAGAUGGAUUCGACAUUUCCCAGCCGGGUCGUAUCUGGGCCAAUGCAACGAGCUCCAGCCACGACAUCGUGAAACUCCCCCCAAAGAGCUAA